UAUAAAGCCGUACAACACGAAGAAACUGCUGGACACUCUCCGAGUCCUCCUCGCUCAACUGCUCGAACCAGCAAUGGAUAACACGCCCAAAGCAUGACUCCCCACUGACUCUCUCUCUCAAAGGAAUUCAAAUCCACAAUCCCUAUGACGAUCGCCUCCGUUUCAAUCAUCCGACACACCACGGCGUAUCACCCAAUCGUCAACAGCCUCCUCCCGCGGCGCCUGUCGACCGUCCGAUGCCUCUCAAUCUCCGCCAAACAGCAAGAAAACGCUAAUAAGGUGUCCAAGAAGCCCCAUCCGAGCAAGAACCUGCUCAGAGCCAAAAAAAUCUUCAGAGACUACUCGUCCUCGCUCGCCCCAGUGCUCUCCCCCCAAGAUCCCCCUCCGCUCUCCCAAUCCCAAGCCAUCGGCACAGUCGCCGCCGCCCAGGCCAACUUCAUGCGCGUCGUCGUUCAAUCGCUCUCAUCGGAACCUUCUGGAGGCUCCGGCGAGGGUUCGGAAGCUUCGGGAACCGGAGUUGAGCUGCUGUGCGUGGUGAGAGCGGUGCUGAAGAAGAUCAAGAGGAGGGUCUUGGUUGGGGACAAGGUGCUGGUGGGAUCCAUCGAUUGGGUGGACCGGCGGGGAAUGAUCGAGAACGUGUUCCGGCGGAGCUCGGAGAUUCUGGACCCGCCUGUGGCGAAUGUGGACCAUUUGCUGGUGCUCUUCUCGGUGGAGCAGCCGAGGCUCGAGCCCUUUACGCUCACGAGGUUCCUGUUGGAGGCCGAGUCGACCGGGAUUCCUCUCACGCUCGCACUGAAUAAGUGCGAGCUUGUGGAUGAUGAGACACUAGAUGGAUGGCGGAUUAGGCUACGUAGUUGGGGCUAUGAACCCAUUUUUUGCAGCGUUGAGUCCAACUGUGGACUUGAUCUUCUUGCAUGUAUUUUGAGAGAUCAAACAACUGUAAUUGUGGGUCCAAGUGGAGUUGGGAAGUCUAGUCUGAUUAAUGCUCUGAGAAGCAACCACCGUGAUUCCGAUGCAGCAGAAGGGGAUAAUUGGUUUGAUCAUAUUCUAGGCAGUAAAUGGUUUGACGAACAGCGAGUUGGGGAAGUUUCAACGAGAAGUGGCAGAGGGAAGCAUACUACUCGCCAUGUUUCUCUGCUUCCGUUGUCAGGAGGGGGUUACCUUGCUGAUACUCCUGGGUUUAACCAGCCUAGUUUGAUGAAAGUAACAAAACAAUCUCUCGCCCAAGCUUUCCCUGAGAUCCGGAAAGUGCUCAGUGACGGGCCUGAUAAAUGUUCAUUCAAUGAUUGCUUGCAUCUCGGUGAACCAGGGUGUAUUGUGAAAGCAGAUUGGGAGAGAUACCCAUACUAUUUUCAGAUUCUUGAUGAGAUAAGAAUCAGGGAAGAAUUCCAGCUCAGGACCUUUGGAACCAAAAGAGAGGGUGAUGUGAGGUACAAGAUGAGAGAUAUGGGCGUUCAGCAAGCAGAACCGCGGUUGGAGCCUAAGAAGCAUAGGAGAAAAUCUCGUAAGAGCAUCAACCAAUCAAUUAUAGAUGAGUUGGAUGAGCUGGAGGACGAUGACGACGACUUGGAAGUGGAAAAUGAUCCUUUUUUAAGAGCUAUGAGGAAUGAAAACCGGUAGGAUUAGGAAGUUGUUUGCCUCGAAUCUAAUAUUGUAAAUAAUAAGUUUCCUAACUCUUCUUUUGUCUCAGAGGUUAAGAUACAUUCGUUAGUACAGAUUACACGGUGCGACUAAUUGGAUUUCUCUUUCUGAUUAGCUGAGGGGUAAUACUCGUUUGAUGGCAGCUAAUCAGAUUUGACAUAAGAACUAAUCCACUAAUUCCGAUGUUCUUCACUUUUUGCAUGCUUGACCCUCUAAUUGUAUCUGAUGCCGAUCUUUGUAUAUGGAACUUUUUAUGAUUUUGCUGAAGUA